AUGACGAAUUCAUUGGAUAAAUGUAAAUGGAAUACUAUUGGUAAUAGAGAUGAAUUGUUAAUCAUAUCGUGUUUAGAUAAAAAACAAUUCAAACGUAAACAACACGAUGAUGAUAUUUUAGAAUCAUCGAUAUUUGAUCUUUUGGCAGAUGAAUUUCAUAUUGGAGAUGUUGUGUGGGCGAAAUUAAACGGAUUUACAUGGUGGCCUGCAUUUGUCUACGGUUGUUUCUCGGAAGAUUGGGUACAUGUCAAACCGAUAACAAAACCUGUAGUAUCAACGAAAAAACAAUAUUUUGUUUACUGUUUUGGUUGGGAUUUCAAACAUGGUUGGACUAGUCAAGUAUGUCUCCAUCCAUAUAAAGGUUUAGAAGACUUUUUAAAUUAUACGGAAACUAAAAUUGAACAAGCGACAACAAAACGACGAGAAGAGAGUAUUCGAAAAAGAUUCGAUAUGAAAAUGCCAGAAGAUCUGCAUCCUUAUUGGAAAGAAGCAAUCAAAGAAGCUGAUGAAGUUUUAUGUCUACCUAUUAGUUUACGAAUCAGCGCAUUUGAAAAAAUGCUUACUUCACUAUUAGCUGGAACUAAAUAUAAAAUACCUCAAAAUGGAUACGAACGACCACAAAGCAAAACAAAAUCAUUACCAACAAGACGGCUAUUAUCCAAUAGACGUAAACGAACAGAAUCAACUAGCAUAAUCGGUUCAUUACUCAAUAAAACAACUCAAGUCUCUCCCAGAACAUUUGCUGACGAGAAAAAACGAACAUUCUCAUUUAGUUUAACACCAAAAGAAACAAAUGAAUUGAAUGAGUCAUCGAGAUUUCAAUCGAAUUCAUUCAUUAUUCCAACAAUCAAUGAAUCAGAUAAUGAUGUUGUUAUUGUUAAAAUUAAUUCACCAACACCAUCAAGUCCUGCAUCACUUACCACUGCUAUUUGUCAUUUUCUAGAUAAAGGCAUUCCAUCAUUAACAAUUUAUGAAGAACUUCGUCUUGUGAAUGAUUUGAUGCAUCAUCGAUUAGGUGGAUUAUUGACACUGACUGAUGCUCAAUUAUAUGUUGAACAAUAUGCAAUUAAUAUAGCUUCAAUGAAUUAUAAUCAUCGAAUGUUAUAUGUGCAAGGUGAUUUUUUCUAUGAUUUUUUAUUAAAAUAUCCACAAAUUAUUCUUAUACAUCGACAAUGGUUUAAAGAUUUUAAACAAACAUUAAUGCCAUUGAACAGUGAUAGAAUUCAAUUGAAAAAAUGGCAAUUAUCAACAUUAUUACAUGCUCAUAUAGAUUUAGAAAAAAAAUUUCAUUAG